CAGGCAUUUUAUCUCCUCACCGGCCUCACACUAGUAUCGCAUGUCCACUAUCCAGAACCUCCAAUCUUUCGACCCCUUUGCUGAUGCAACUAAGGGUGACGACUUACUCCCGGCAGGGACUGAGCAUUACAUUCAUAUAAGGAUCGAGCAACGGAACGGCCGGAAGACGCUGACAACUGUGCAGGGCAUUGCGGAUGAUUAUGACAAAAAGAAACUUGUGAAAGCUUUCAAAAAGAAAUUUGCCUGUAAUGGGACUGUGAUUGAGCAUCCCGAGUACGGGGAGGUUAUUCAGCUUCAAGGUGACCAAAGGAAGAACAUUUGCCAGUUUCUCUUGGAGAUCGGCAUUGUCAAGGAGGAACAGCUUAAGGUUCAUGGAUUCUAAAAUGAAUCUAAACACCUGGAGAAUUUCUUGAAUACUUUUGUUCUCUGCUCCAAGUUUGGCUGCCUUGUGAAAUGAUUCUCUGCAGUAAAAGGACUUUUCAUCUAUUUAAUCAUCCAAACUCCCGUUCACAUCUGCAUGAUUCCAGAAAACACGGGGUAUGUAGGCUAGUAGCACAUAAGAAGAUUGCAGGAGGAUGGUAACAAAACCCCGUAUUCAUCUUAACAUGUUUCCAAUGGAAAAGAUUUUGUUGUGAGUGUUUAUUGUUUAGUUUAUUGCUUUUCACUUGAUUAAAUGUAUUUUUGUUGUAUUAAAACCCUGUAUGUUGUAGCUUAACAAUAAAAAGAAUAUG